AUGGCCUGGCAGGCGAUCCCCUCGCACAACCCUUCUGGCGCACCUGCCACGAUGACCGUCUACGAGCGUGCUGGCCCAGCCAACGUGCGCGACUACAUGUCCACGCUGCUCGUCCACCUCACCUUCCACUUCCCGCCCGCGUCCCCAGGGUGGUCCACGGCGAUGCACAUUGCGACGGUCGACCGCCUGUGCGAGGCGGAGCUCCGCCAGCUCUUCGCGCUCUUCGCGCUCCCACCGACGCUCGCGCGCGCGCGUUCCCGUCGCUCCGCAUCCUCGCGCUCCGCUCCUGCCGCCCCGGGACGACCGCCUGGGACAACGCGCGCGAAAGCGAGCGGGGGCUGA